AAUACUAAUAUUGAUCCAAAUAUAAUGAACGGAUAUCAAUCAGUUAAGUGUAGGUGUUUGUUAUUUUCCUCUCAUUGGGCGAGAUUUGACGUCUUCAUAUAUAAAACUGCAAAAUAUUUUCACGAGCUGCCAUUAGUUCAAAUGAGUCCAGCAUGA